CUAUGGACGCGCACAACUUGCCACGUGGGAUGAAGUUCCUAGCCGGCUUGAUUAUAUAUUUUGCAGUUCUGAUAGGUCUCUUCGAGUUCUUAUAUGGUAUCAACCCUCAUCUUUUCAUUGAUGAAAAGUUCCACGUCCUUCAGGCUCAGAGAUAUUGCAAUGGAUCCUUCUUCGAGUGGGAUCCCAAAAUCACCACACCUCCAGGACUUUACCUGAUAGCAGUUGGAGUUCUGAAUCCUCUGGGAUGGAUUCUGGAUAAAAAUCUCUGUACUCUGCAUUCAUUUAGACUCCUUAAUGUCUUUGCUUUGGUCAUCCAUGUCUACCUCUUCAAAGUCAUCUUGGACAUCCAAAUCCCUCAGGCGAAAUCAAGAAAUGCAAUAUCAGCUUUCUCCUUGGGUCUCUUCCCAAUUCAGUUCACAUUUUCCUUUUUCUUCUAUUCAGAUGCCUUUUCAACCUUGUUGAUCCUAUUAAGCUUCACAUUUUACCUGAAGAAUUGGCAUAUCCCUGCUGCAGUUUUUGGUGGGUGUUCUGUUUUCCUGAGGCAAACAAAUAUUCUGUGGAUCUUUCUCAUGGGUUUCAACACACUUGCAAACAACUUGCUCAAGGUUCUAUAUCCAAAACCACCCUCAAAAGACAUCAUCUGUUCUGCAUCAAUUCUCAAGGACUUCAUGAGGAGGUUAUGGAUGAGAAUGUGGGUAUCAUCAAAGAAGACCACUCAGAAAAAGUCUACACCACUAAGUCAUGUUUUGCUGAAGAUAUUUUUGGAUUUGUGUGGGUAUGUGCUCAUUGGAAUUUCCUUCCUAAUAUUCCUCUAUUACAAUGGAGGAAUAGUUCUGGGUGAUAAAUCAGCUCAUGCUCCAGUCCUUCACAUUCCACAAUGGUUGUAUCAAACCUUCAUCAUAGCUUUCUUUCUCACUCCCUUUGUAAUCACAAACUUCAAGUCCAUAUUGAUGUAUAUGAAGGAACGAUUGCAUUUCUUCAUUGCUCUCUUGAUCCUUGCAGUUCUGGCACUAAAAUUCAAUUCUCAUGUUCACCCCUAUCUACUUGCUGACAACCGUCACCUUAGCUUCUACCUUUGGAGACGUAUUUUUGAGCCAUGGAAUAUUUUCCUUGCUCCUCUUUAUGUCUUUUUUGUGUUUGCUCUUCACUUUCUUAUAUGUCAUGAAAGUUUCUUCUUCCAAAUUACUUUUUAUGCUUGCUCAAUUCUGACUGUUGUCCCACAGAAGUUAUUUGAGUUUCGAUACUUUGUGUUACCUUUCUACUUUCUUCGCUUGCACCUCCGCCGAGGUUCAUGGAUCACUGUGUUACUGGAGCUGCUUGGAUUUCUUGUGGUUGAUAUGCUUUGGCUAUUUUUGUAUGUCACUAAGUCCUUUGAUUGGGCAGACGAAACUUACCCACAACGGAUUAUUUGGUGA